GAAGGAGAAGAGGAAAGGUCGUCUCCGCGGUGGCGAGCUGACAAGCUUCAGGCGAAGUUUGCGUGGCAAGCGGCACAAAAAUGUUGGCUAUCUCUGGAACUUACGCCAACAAGAAGAGGAAGAAACCUGUCCUGAAACAAAAAAAGGUUAAGGAUGGGAGUGAAAUCAUCAAAUCAAACCCGUCCAAACGCCACCGGGACCGGCUGAAUGGGGAGCUGGACAGACUGACUGACCUGUUGCCCUUUUCUGAGGAUGUUCGCUCUUGUCUGGACAAACUGUCCGUUCUUCGCCUCAGUGUGGGAUACCUGCGAGUCAAGAGCUAUUUCAGAGCAACGAUAAAGAACAGCACCUGCAGUGGAUUUCCUGGACCAAACGGGCCCAAUGGCAACAACUUUGCAACUAAAGGCUUCUCUGAAGGAGACCUGCUGCUUCAGGCGUUGAAUGGCUUUGUGCUGGUGGUCACUUCCGAGGGGUCUGUUUUCUACACAUCACCCACCAUCAAGGAGUACCUUGGCUUCCAGCAGUCAGACGUGGUCCACCAGAGCGUGUUCGAGCUCAUCCACACAGACGACCGUGCUACGUUCAGACAGAACCUCCACUUUGCUCUAAACCCACCUGACACGUGUGGAGAAGGCCUGGAGGGAUGCAUGAGCACAGAGCUCUACAAUCCUGAUCAACUUCCUCCAGAAAACUCCUCCUUCCUCGAGAGAAGUUUUGUGUGCCGCCUCCGUUGCCUUCUAGACAACUCGUCUGGCUUUUUACCUCUCAAGUUCCAGGGACGUCUCAAGUACCUGCAUGGCCAAAACGCCUUCAAGGACAAUGGAUCACAGGGCAAACCCCAGCUUGCACUCUUCGCCAUCGCCACACCUGUCCAGUCACCGUCCAUUGUUGAGAUCCGCUCCAAAAUGUUACUCUUUCAGACAAAGCACAAGCUGGACUUCACACCGAUGGGUGUUGACAACAGGGGGAAGAUUAUUUUGGGCUACUCUGAGACAGAGCUGUGCAUGAAAGGCUCUGGCUACCAGUUCAUCCACGCCGCUGACAUGAUGUAUUGUGCAGACAAUCACUUGCGUAUGAUAAAAACUGGAGACAGCGGCCUGACGACUUUCCGUCUCCUGAGUAAGUCAGGAAGCUGGGUUUGGGUCAAAUCAAAUGCCAAGCUGAUCUACAAAGGAGGAAGACCUGACUUCAUUAUCGCCUAUCAGCGAGCUUUGGUAAACGCUGAGGGUGAGGAGUACCUCCGCCAGAGGAGGAUGGAGCUGCCCUUCAGCUUCACUACGGGUGAGGCUGUGCUUUACAACACCGGCCCAACCAUGGACCUCACACAGACGCAGUUCAACAAAAAGUUCAACAAUAACGAUGACAUGAACACCAGCAAGGGCACACAGCUUCCUCGCUCACUACUGGACUGCUUCCUCAGGCAGGAUGAGUCUGCCUACAGGCCAAUGCCAGAAGUGCCAUUUCCCGUGGAUCAGAUCUUUGUGGACAGUCGAGCGCUGGUGAGUGUGCCCAGUGAUGCUUGGCAGGAAACAGGUGUGGCGGCCACUUCCAGUGCCCCCAUCGUGGUGAAGGAGGAGGCCAAGCGGUCGGUGAUGACUGUGAUCGAGGGUCUACAGGAGAUGGCGCAGAAGGGUGACUUCAUUGGUGCCCUGGAGAACCUUGGGGUGGACGAUUCAGAGCUGAUGCAGUGGGAGGAGUCUGUCAAGCAGUUGGGCCAGGAUAGCGACCAGCAGGACAGCGUGCGGUCCGAUUUGGACAACAUCCUCAUCAGCGAGAUAUUCGACCACAUUGAUUCAGUUUUGUUCAAGGAGAAUGGUCAAGAGUGCUCUGCCACCUGCCUGAAACAGGACAUCUUCAAUCAACCAUCACAGCAGUUUCCUACACCGAACCUGGGUGAGACUUUCCCUCAAACGAACAGCUUCUGUGCUCCAGAGAAAGACCUCCGACAUGUUAUCUCCGGGGAGAUCUUAGUAGAAUCUGCUCCAGUAUUCAAUAGUGCCCAGAAACUUUCCCACUGUGGACCUCUACCAGGUCCUACGAAUGAGCACAAAACUCCUCUUCUGCAGCUACAACUUCAUGACAUUUUCAGCCCAGAAAUAGAACUCCCAGAACUUAUUGUACCUGAUUCUUUCACUGCUCCGGGCCACUUUGCAGGUUUUAGACAGCAGCAACAUCCUAUUCAACCUAUUCGUCACCAGAAUAACAUCUACUCUGUCACCCAACCAACGAUUCCUUGCAAUGACUUUAACACUCCCAAUGACACCAACCUUGAGCCUUCAACUUGUCCUUCUUUGCGGUCACAGGGUCAGUACAAGCUGCCCCAUGUAGCGAUGCUGGAAAGCCAAACAUUCCCACAUGCCGGCCCCUGGCCAAGGGGGGGCGUCAAUGGGCUAGACCACACACAGCAAGAUGGACUGGCAGGCGUCCAGGCAGCCAAUCCCAGCAGCUGCAUGUACGCGGAGACCCUGACGCUCCCGCAGUUGUCCUACCAGAGGGGAACAUGCCUAGACCAGAGUUCCCUGCAGGGUAACUGCGAAAUCCAGUGGGGUGCCAGUCAUCCUGUGGUGGGUUCGUCACCCAACAGCCAGGAAAACUCAAGCAUCAAUCCGAUGAUAACACCGUCCAACAUGUCAGCGUCGCAGCGAGUCUUUAACCUUCAAUGCUACCAGGAAUGAUAUGAGCAGAUGGCGCGAGCAGUUGCCACUCGUCGAUGACAUGCCUGUUUGUGAUGUUGCCACGGCUACAGACCAGCAGCACUCCCUCACCCCCGCUUGCAGUAUCAGCGUUUAUUCGCCGACCCUUACACUUACUUUCACAUAUAUCCUCUUGUAUCUGUCUCAUAUUUAGUCACUUGAAAGUUCUGUAUAAUAGAAUGAAGUAUGAAGACAUGAACAAAGUCAGCCAAAGAUUUCAGUUUUUACAAGGGAAAACCAGCAUUGAUUGCAGUCAUGUUCUCUUACAAAGACACAAAUAUACAUGUAUAACUUGUUAAAGCAAUCACCCUCAAGAUGUUUAGUUAUGUAUACAGGGUGGGCCUAAAAAUUUAAAUAGAUGGGAAAAAUAACAUUUGUGAAAUGCAUCAUUUUAAGUUACCUGAAGCAUACACUUAAAACAAAAAUGUUUGAAGCCAUGUGUACAUUCACCCAUCCAUUUUCGAGAGCUUGUCCAUAUUUGAGUAGCCUGUGAACUAGAGCGUGUACCAUCUGACUUUGGGGAGGAGGCAAAUUACACCCUGGACUGGUAGCCAGCUCAUCAAGGGCACAUUCACGCCAAUGGACAAUUUAGUCUUCAGUGAACCUAACAUGCAUAUUUUUGGAAUGUGCUAGGACACCUGACCCCUUAGGAGACCCACACAAGCACUGGGAAAAUUGCAAACUCCAGACAAGAGCGCCCACGAUAAGAUUCGACCGAUCACCUCUCGGCUGUGAGGGAGACUUACUAACCACUAGUCGAGCAAGCUGCCCCCAAAAAAAUGUGUAGUUUCAUGUUGAAAGUGUUCUUUUUGUAUUUCCAGAUAACAUAGCUGUUGUGACAAUCUCAUUUGUGUUGUGUAUGCAGAGCGGCCAACCCUGUACGCUCCACACCCUUUAGGGUGUUGAGUAGUAGCAUGGAAAGCACAGCUUUCCAUCCAUGUGGCUAAAACAACCUUGUGGUUGUACCGGUUUCAAGCAUGAGAAUCAAUGUGGUUGUUAAAGUAUGGUCCGCAUCAGACCACUCCAAUAGGAAAGCUGGAAUUCUGAUAACCACAAGCAUGAGUGACUUGUUUUGUCAUUGAAGGGACUCGAUCGCCCAAAGGAUACCCCCUUUAGGCGAGAUCACGUACUUCUGUCAUCAACUGUAAACCCUUCCAUGUUGCCUUUAAAAAACAGCUUUUCUCUAUUACUGCUUUGCAGCUGUAAAGAUGUAUAAAGGGGACCAACAUAGAACAGGUGGUGGGGCUUGAAAUAAUUUUUUUUUUGCCUUCGGUAGACAUCACAAAGGCAUGACAUCCCACAUGCGUAAGGGUAUUCCACUGUGGUUUGAAAUUUUAACGAGAGCCGUUGAAGCAUUGAUUCAACAUCCUUGAUAUCCACCUUAAGGUGUGUGUACUAGUACCCUUUUUUCUCACUAGUAAGGCAAUUCAGCGCAUUAGUAGAACCUGUUGAACUACCAUGACUUACGAAUAUUUUUUCCAACAAAUGUUUAAACAACUUUAUGGAAAUAUUCAAUAUCCGACUUAAGCCCCAUUAUGAGCGUGCUCUUUGUCCUCACUAGUAGAACAGAUUGGGCAAACAAGUAGGAAAAUUACAUGAUACCAUUGAAGCAAAAAGUGCACUAGUUGACAACUGGGCACCAACAACAUUUAGUUAUAUUAGCGAUGAUAUAAAAUUCUACCAGUUAACACCUAGUGCUGCUCAAGUAGCAACAAUGCAAAGUUUUGUCUCGCCUGUAACAUGUAGUUGUCCUACUAGUAGUCCUAUAGUUGUCCUAUACAUGUGCAACGUCAAACACAGUGCUGGGAAGAUUUUGUUUUAAAUUACUGUAUUUAAGUUAUCUUGUUAAAAACAUUGCUUUCUCAAAGUAAAAUAACUCAUUUCAUUUAAUUGCAUUUUGGCUACUUAAUUUUGAAUGAAUGGAUCAACAAGACCCUUAGAGUAAGUACAUAAAAUGUCUUUGUUGCAUUAUAUAUUAUACAUAUACAGAGAGAGAAGAGAGCGAGAAAGAAUAUGUGCAGGAUGUGGCAAACAUAAUACCAUGUUGACGUAAUCACAAACAUGCCCAAUUUAGACGAUGGCUUCAUAUGACAAACCAGAUAAACGAAUACUUCAGAAUAAAAUUCAAAAAUUGUGAAGAUGAAACUGCUCAAAAAGAUGAGUUCUUUUGUGUUUAAAAUGUAAUGUAUUAGUGUCUUCUUCUUUUCCUUUCGGCUUGUCAUCUUUUGCCAUCCUAGCCUAUCUCCUGCAUCUUCCUCUCUAACCCCAACUGCCCUCAUGUCUUCCCUCACCACAUCCAUAAACCUUCUCUUUGGUCUUCCUCCCGCUCUUUUGCCUUGCAGCUCCAUCCUCAGCACCCUACCACCAAUAUACUCACUCUCUCGCCUCUGAACAUGUCCAAACCAUCUAAGUCUGCUCUCUCGAACCUUGUCAGCAAAACAUCCAACUUUGGCUGUCCCUCUAAUGAGCUCAUUUCUAAUCCUAUCCAACCUGCUCACUCCGAGCGAGAACCUCAACAUCUUCAUUUCUGCUACCUCCAGUUCUGAUUCCUGUUGUUUCUUCAGUGCCACCGUCUCUAAUCCGUACAACAUGGGCGGCCUCACAACUGUUUUGUAAACUUUGCCCUUCAUCCGAGCAGAGAUUCUUCUGUCACAUAACACACCAGACACCUUUCGCCAGCUGUUCCAACCUGCUUGGACCCGUUUCUUCACUUCCUUACCACACUCACCAUUGCUCUGGAUUGUUGACCCUAAAUAUUUGAAGUUGUCCACCCUCGCAUCUCUUCUCCCUGUAGCAUCACUCUUCCCCCUCCACUUUUGUCAUUCACGCACAUAUAUUCUGUUUUACUUCGGCUAAUUUUCAUUCCUCUCCUUUCCGGUGCAUGUCUCCAUCUUUCUAAUUGUUUCUCUGCAUGCUCCCUGCUUUCACUGCAUAUCACAAAAUCAUCUGCGAACAUCAUGGUCCAAGGGGAUUCCAGUCUAACCUCAUCUGUCAGCCUAUCCAUUACCACUGCAAACAGGAAGGGGCUCAGAGCUGAUCCCUGAUGCAGUCCCACCUCCACCUUAAAUUCCUCUGUCACACCUAAGGCACACCUCACCAUUGUUCUGCUGCCAUCAUACAUGUCCUGUACUAUUUUAACAUACUUCUCUGCCACACCAGACUUACGCAUGCAGUACCACAGUUCCUCUCUUGGUACUCUGUCAUAGGCUUUCUCUAGAUCCACAAAGACACAAUGUAGCUCCUUCUGACCUUCUCUGUGUGUUUCCACGAGCAUCCUCAAGGCAAAUAAUGCAUCUGUGGUACUCUUUCUAGGCAUGAAACCAUACUGUUGCUCACAGAUACUUACUUCUGUCCUGAGUCUGGCCUCCACUACUCUUUCCCAUAACUUCAUUGUUUGGCUCAUCAACUUGCUCUAUAGUUCCCACAGCUCUGAACAUCCCCUUUGUUCUUAAAAAUGGGAACUAGAACACUUGUCCUCCAUUCUUCAGGCAUCUUUUCGCCCACUAGCAUUCUGUUGAAUAAGUUGGUCAAAAACACCACAGCCAUCUCUCCAAAUUGGUUCCAUACCUCUACCGGUAUGUCAGGACCAACUGCCUUUCCAUUUUUCAUCCUUUGUAGUGCCUUUCUGACUUCGCCCUUAGUAAUCAUUGCCACUUCCUGGUCCUUCACACUUGCCUCUUCAACUCUUCCUUCUCUCUAAUUUUCUUCAUUCAUCAACUUCUCAAAGUAUUCUUUCCAUCGAUUUAGCACACUACUGGCACCAGUCAACACAUUUCCAUCUCUAUCCUUAAUCACCCUUACCUGCUGCACAUCCUUCCCAUCUCUAUCCCUCUGUCUGGCCAACCUGUAGAGAUCCUUUUCUCCUUCUUUCGUGUCCAACCUGGUGUACAUGUCUUCAUAUGCCUCUUGUUUAGCCUUUGCCACCUCUACCUUUGCCCUUCAUCGCAUAUCUAUUUACUCCUUUCGCCUUUCCUCAGUCCUCUCAGUAUCCCACUUCUUUGCUAAUCUCGUUCCUUGUAUGACUCCCUGUAUUUUGGGGUUCCACCACCAAGUCUCCUUCUCCCCUUUCCUACCAAAAGACACACCAAAUACUCUCCUGCCUGUCUCUCUGAUUACCUUGGCUGUCGGAGUCCAGUCUUCCGGGAGCUUCUGCUGUCCAUCGAGAGCCUGUCUCACCUCUUUCCGAAAGGCCACACAACAUUCUUCCUUUCUCAGCUUCUACCACAUGGUUCUCUGCUGUACCUUUGUCUUCUUAAUCUUCCUACCCACCACCAGAGUCAUCCUACACACUACCAUCCUAUGCUGUUGAGCUACACUCUCCCCUACCACUACUUUACAGUCAGUAACCUCCUUCAGAUUACAUCGUCUGCACAAAAUAUAAUCCACCUGCGUGCUUCUACCUCUGCUCUUGUCGGUCACUUGUUCCUCCCUCUUCUGGAAAUAAGUGUUCACUACAGCCAUCUCCAUCCUUUUUGCAAAGUCCACCACCAUCUGUCCCUCAAAGUUCCUUUCCUGGAUGCCUUACUUACCCAUCACUUCUUCAUCGCCCCUGUUUCCUUUACCAAUAUGUCCAUUACAAUCUGCACCAAUCACAACUCUCUCGCUGUCUGGGAUGCUCAGAACUACUUCAUCUAGUUCCUUCCAGAAUUUCUCUUUCAACUCUAGGUCACAUCCUCCCUGUGGGGCAUAGCCGCUAACCACAUUAUACAUAACACCCUCUAUUUCAAAUUUUAGUCUCAUCACUCGAUCUGAUACUCUUUUCACCUCCAAGACAUUCUUAGCCAGCUCUUCCUUUCAAAUAACCCCUACUCCAUUUCUCUUCCCAUCUACUCUGUGGUAGAAUAAUUUAAACCCUGCUCCUAAACUUCUAGCCUUACUACCUUUCCACCUGCUCUCUUGGAUGCACAGAAUAUCAACCUUUCUCCUAAUCAUCAUGUCAACCAACUCCUGAGCUUUUCCUGUCAUAGUCCCAACAUUCAAAAUCCCUACACUCAGUUGUAGCCUCAUUGCAUUCCUCUUUUUCUUCUGACGAUGGAUCCAUUUUCCUCCUCUUCUUUGUCUUCGACCCACAGUAGCUGAAUUUCCACCGACGCCCUGCAGGUUAGCAGUGCUGGGGGCGGGCGUUGUUAACCCGGGCCACAACCGAUCCGGUAUGGGAUUCUUUAGAUGAACGCACAUAUUUGUUUGGCACAGUUUUUACGCCGGAUGCCCUUCCUGACGCAACCCUCUGCAUUUAUCCGGGCUUGGGACCGGCCUACAGAUUGCACUGGUUUGUGCCCCCCAUAGGUAUGCAUUUAGUGUAAUCCCUUCAAACAAUCAGACAAAUUAAUAGAUUGCACCGCAAAUUGCCAUUUAAAGGUCAUAUUUGGAAAAGUAUGCCAUGUUUGAGACUAUUGCAGAUUGGCGCAUGACCAAAGAGAGCUAAUUUCAAGUUUUUUUGAAUGAGAAAGUGAUAUGAAUACAAAUCAGGGGUUUUGCUGCUCUUUUUCUAGUGUGCACACGCAGAUCAAACUGUUGAGACAUCACUUUCAUUUAAAGAAAACCUAUAGUGGUCAGAGAAAUAAUUUCCAUCUGACAAAAGUUGUAAUGAAUAAAGAUUUUAUGAAAAUGAACCAAUGAUAAUGAAACAUUGCUUUUUAAUUGUAGUUUGUCAGAAUUAUAUUAAAAGCCCAACUCAUGAAAAAGGCCUGGAUAAAAACAAUGCUUCCCAAAUCACCGCACUCAAACGAUUUUUGUAGCUUUCCGUGAGACUUCUGUACCUCUCAGCGGGAGUUUUAGCCAACUUUUCAUGCACAAACUGCUCCAUUUGUCUCAGGUUUGAAGGGUCCUUUCUCCAGAUGGCAUGUUUCAACUCACUCCACAGAUGUUCAAUAGGAUUUAGAUCAGGGCUCAGCGAAGGGGACUUCAGAAUACUCCAAUAUUUAACUCUUAGCCAUUUUAGGGUGUUUUCAACUGUGUGUAUUGGGUAAUUAUCACUCCAUCCAUUUUUUCGCCCCUGAUUCUCACUGGGGUCAUGUGGAUAUUCUGUAGCCUAUCCCAGCGAACUGCAGACAGAAGGCGGAUUACACUGGUCAUACAGCAGUGGGAGACAGUACUGUAGUAGAGGAAAAUAGUUCUACUAGACCAGCAAAGUCAAGUCAUUCUACUAAUACGCUGAUCUCUUUUACUUGUGAGGAUAUUGGGUACUAGUAAAAUAACAUUUGUUUGCGAGGCUUGCAAAGUAGUGUCAUCCUAACUUUGCGGAAGGCUUUACUGCCUUAACGCUAAAGAAAUUAUUUAUAAUGUAUAAUCAGUGGCCUUUACAAGAACAUGUGUUUUUGCAUCCUUUGUUAAGGAAACAUUUUCUUCAGUGGCUUUCCAUGAGCAAGAAGUGCACUUAAUAAAAUGUUAGAAAUCCCACUUAUGCAUCUCACUGUGAAAGCCCUCCAACAACGUGGCAGCUUUGACCAGUAUUGAUCUCUCACUAUUUGUCUGACUAUCUGUCUUUCUCACCGUCUCAAUGUGUGCGUAAAUGCUAGAUGGAGAAGAAAUGCUGACAUGUGAUCACUCAGUCGAAACAAAAACCAACCCUAAGGGACGUCCUCUUUAGAGACUGGAGCCACUUAAAAAUGACCUCAGCCAAAUUAAUGUAUAAAUAAUCUGCUUCACUUUCAUGUAACGCACUUGUAUUACUCAUUAUCGUGUGUGUCAAGAAAUAACCUUUUGUUCCUCUACUAUAUAUU